AUGUACACCAGGUUACGAAGUCCUAAAGAAACCAACUACAAAACACUGACCGAGGCUGAGGAUAUUGACACAUUGAAAAAGAUGUUGCCUCAUGUAGACUUGGAAACGGGCCUGAAACAUCGCACUGUGCAACGUGAUCCAAUCACCGGGCUUGGGACUGUGUCGACCACAACAAACGGUGAACGUGUUCGCCCGCGCACCCAGUCGGCUGGCCGUCGAGCCUACAAUCCCACAUUGAUUGCCUGGGACGCAGACACAGAGAAGGUGGAACCGGUUCGACCCACGACGAAGAAUACACGAACGCCCGUCCGCAAUCCCAUAUCACUGACCGGUGACCUUGGAGAUGAAGUGGACACUAUGCGGACAACAAAUAGACCACGCGUCGGAACACCCAGAGAACCUCAGAGAGAUCCGAUCUCAGGCCGGGGCAAUUUUGGUGACCGGGAAUGGGAUCCAAUUUGGAAGUAUAAUGGCCGAAUGAGACGUGCAAAAAGUUACAAUGGUGAUCGCAGUAAUCCGCUAACAGGCGAGAAUGUGAAAACGUUCACCGUAAACGUUGAAGAGAAACAAUCUAUCAGUCGACCGAUGAAGAAUGGCUCCGCACGAAAUAUCUUCACCGGGGACAAUUGUGUCACAUAUACGGUGUCACCGGAACUAAAAUCUCCCAGUAAAACCUACAACCCUGCUUCAGCAAGAAAUGCAAUCACUGGAGAAAAUUGUUCCAGCUAUGAUUUCAAUGCUGAAGUUCGCACUUCGCGCAAACGAACACCCGCUCAGUCAUCCAAUCCUUUGAGUGGGGAAAAUGUGAGCACCUUCAAUGUGUCAAAAGAAGAAAGACAAAGACCCACAAAACCAUAUGUUUAUAAGAACACGGUAACUGGGGAGAAUUUGGCAAGCUACAAAAUCACACCCAUCGAACGAAAUGUGACACCGAAAGCUUUGACUGAACGACAAAACCCACUUAGUGGAGAAAACGUAAGCACCUACACGUAUCGCGUUGGUGAAGGCAAACCGGCAGUUAAAAAACGAGAUAUCAGUUCACCAAUCACAGGAGAGGGUGCGCGAGGUAGAACCUACACGGUUUCCAUCGAGGAGCGUCCCUUGUCCAAUGGAACUGCGGAUGGACAGGGCGCACGUAUUCGUGCUCGGUCACACGGACCGGUCAGAAAUGUCCUCACUGGUGAGAAUUGUGAUACCUUUUACGUGUGCAAGGAAAUGCGAAGCGAACGUAUAUCCAAUUCAGCCUCAUCGAAUGGACCGCUAUCCAGUCGAGAAAGUGGAAAAAAUGAGAAUUGA